GACCCGCGCCGGAAGGAGCCGGCCGGGAGGCUGAGGCGCAUCCCGGGACCGGCCGGUGAUGGCGGUUCGGCCGCUGCGGGCGUGAGGCGAUCGCCUCCUUCCCGGCCCCUCCCCGCCGCCGGCGGGCCGCGCUGCAGCCCUUCCGCUCCCGCCGACAUGACCGAGGAGCCGUACGAGAAGUUCCUCGCCCCCGAGGAGCCGUGUCCGCUGCUCUCGCACCAGCACCCGCCGCGGGGCGGCAGCUUGAGCCUGAGCGACGAGGGCUGUCUGGACGUGAGCGAUUUCGGCUGCCAGCUCUCGUCCUGUCACCGCACCGACCCGCUGCACCGCUUCCACUCGAACAGGUGGAACUUGACAUCAUGUGGAACCAGCGUAGCCAGCUCAGAGUGCAGUGAGGAGCUGUUCUCAUCGGUUUCUGUUGGGGAUCAGGAUGACUGUUACUCUCUCUUGGAUGACCAGGAGUUCACCUCUUUUGAUUUGUUCCCGGAGGGUAGUGUGUGCAGUGAUGUCUCUUCUUCUAUCAGCACAUACUGGGAUUGGUCAGACAGUGAGUUUGAGUGGCAGUUGCCUGGCAGCGACAUUACAAGUGGGAGUGAUGUACUUUCUGAUGUUAUACCUAGUAUUCCAAGCUCUCCUUGUCUGCUUCCAAAAAAGAAAAACAAGCAUAGGAAUCUUGAUGAACUUCCAUGGAGUGCAAUGACAAAUGAUGAACAGGUUGAAUAUAUUGAAUAUUUGAGUCGCAAAGUCAGUACAGAGAUGGGCCUUCGAGAGCAACUUGAUAUUAUUAAAAUUAUUGAUCCUACUGCUCAGAUCUCGCCUACAGAUAGUGAAUUCAUUAUUGAAUUGAACUGUCUCACUGAUGAGAAACUGAAACAGGUGAGAAAUUAUAUCAAGGAACAUGGACCUCGUCAGCGGCCUGCGAGGGAAAGCUGGAAGAGGGGUAGCUACAGUUGUGCAAGUACCAGUGGUGUGAGCGGCGCCAGUGCCAGCAGCAGCAGUGCCAGCAUGGUCAGCUCAGCAAGCAGCAGUGGUUCUAGUGUUGCUAACUCCGCUUCAAACUCGAGUGCCAACAUGAGUCGAGCACACAGUGAUAGUAAUUUGUCCACAAGUGCUGCAGAAAGAAUCCGGGAUUCCAAAAAACGUUCCAAGCAACGGAAGCUACAGCAAAAGGCCUUACGCAAGAGACAGCUGAAAGAACAAAGACAAGCUCGUAAGGAAAGACUGAGUGGAUUAUUUCUUAAUGAAGAAGUGCUCUCUUUAAAAGUGACUGAGGAGGACCAUGAAGGAGAUGUGGAUGUUUUAAUGUGACAGGGGUGAAUUUAUCAGUGUUCUUUCUAAGCCUUAAAUGUAUUAUCCUUAUUGUUUACAUGUAUUUCUUGACCAAAUUUUGGUUAGUGUUAACAGUAAAAACCAGAUCUUUUCUCAAGUGUCAUUUUGCUAAGAAGGUCUAGGUAUUGAGAAACUUCAUUUUUGAGACUAAUUUUGCAACAAAGAUUUCAGAAACUUAUCUUCUGAAAAGCUGCUGAAUAGACAUGAUUUUAAGGGAAUUUGAACUUGGCUAAUGUGCUAACUUACUUGCAAGACGUAAGUCUAGGGGUGCUUUUGGAUGACACUAAAUAUGCAUUAUGCUUCAGCUUUCUGGUUUUGGUUUUUUUUUUUUUUUCCAACUUAGGGUUAAUAUUGCACUUGGCUUGUUCUGUUUUCCUUUCCCAUUAUUAGGAAGAUUGUUUAGCAUCUUAGGAAAAAGUCUUUAGUUUUACAGGGCUUUCUUUGGUCUUGCUCCUGGAUCAUACAAAAUCAAAGUACUGUGAUAAAGCCUUUUCUAGAAGUUGUGAUUUAACUCAAACUACACAGAAAACAAGAAGCAGGACUUCUAGUUCAGGGUAUCUGUAACGCAAUGCCUGGCAAUGCAGUUCUUUAGGAAACAAUUAAAAUUAAAAAUACCCAAACUUGCAAGCUUAGUCUUCAGGAAGUUAUUUUGCUGCUCAAUAUUUUGUAGUAUGAUUGUUACUGGUCGUUGGCCAGUAUCAUCCUUAGUAUUGCUAUGAAAAGAUUCAAAUUAAAACACCUUUUUGCACUGAAAGUGCACUAGUCUGCAGUUAAAUUGUCUAGGACACUACUUACAAUAGUUAAAAAUGCAACUGGAAACAAGUGCAAACAAGUGGCACACAACUUUGGUGGCAGCUGUGCUUUUUAAUUGUAUGUUUAGCUGAGAAUGUGUCUUCUCUGUGGGUUGUUACACUAUUACAUGUUAGAGAAUUCUCCUUUUGUGGUUUCUCUGCUUUUGGAAUUUCUCUUGCUAAGAACACAAGGUAAAAUUAUGGCUUUCAAGUAGGGAGGUAGAAUAGUUUUAACCUGUUUCCUAGUUGUGACAAUCUGCAGGGUGACUUUUGUCUUUAUCUUGGAACUACUUGUUACAGAACUUCUUCCCCCCACAGCUGACAUGAAAAUGAUACUUUGCAAUUUCAAUAUGAAACUUAAAAGAUUAUAAAAUAAUUUUCUAUUUCUGAGUUUAGGAGGUAAUUUUCCAUUAUCCUCAUGCUUUAUUACUUUCAUUUUGCUUCAUUUAUUCCUUUUCAUUUGCUCAUGUAAAUUCAGGAGUUUGGCAGUUUAGUGUAGGCACAGGUGCCUGUAAUUGCAGGAUAUAGCCCAAUCCUGCAGAAUCGCAUGAUUGAUUUUAUAUGGAACUGCUUACAUUCAUUCUGCAUGUCCUGCACGGACCUAUUAGCCCUGAGAGCUGAAGUAUUUUUUCCUUUCAGAAGUGGCAUUCCUUGUAUCCUCAGAAUAAACUGAUGAGUAAAAUACCUGAACAACAGCCUCUGAAAGGGCUUCAAUAAGAAAUAAAUGAGGUUCAUAGUCAAACUCAUGUGUGAACUUAGUCACUGCUGCGAGACACAGGUAUCCAGCCUUGGCCACUGACUGGUUAAAGCCAUGUAGUGUCAUUUCUAAACUCGAGCGUUAGUUAUCCUGUACAGCCAGUUACUUGUCCCAUAACUAGAAGUGACUGUUACCUGUCAGUAUUUGCUUAUACUGCAAACAAGCUUUACAAACCAACGGUAGCUGGUUGAUGCCUCCCUUCCUCCUGUAGGAACAGUACCAGAAACUUCUUAACAGUAUACAAGUUACUGACAGUCCAGAUCGAGUUACAUCUGUAGCUUCUUUUAAAUAUCUUGGGUGGAAAUAAAAAAUGAAUUGCUGUCAAUUCAGCUAAUUUUAGGGUGAAGUUAUUGAAUUCUUGCAAUUUACCAUGACUGUAAUGGAUGAAUUCAUCAUGGAAUAUUUCACUGUGUGUACACAGUUCAGGACAACCUUUAUUUUCUGCAGUGACUUUGAAAUGUGGUUGAUUUUUGGUGGUUUGGGGUUUUUUUUUUCCCCCUGAAGAAAAGUGCACAUUUAGUUCUGUAGAAAAUUGAGACUCUGAAAUGAAUUCUAAGAAAGGUGCGGUAUCUCAGGGUGGUGGGGCAUGAAACUGUGUAACUUUAUUCUGUUUCAGCAGCUCUUCAGAGUUUAAAAUCCCUCAGGCUUUGCUGAAAGAAGACCCCCUCAUUUUGCUGAGGUAUAGUUCUUUUUGGUCACCUGUCUACUAGCUUCCAGAGAUCAUGAAAUGAGGGAGGACAGUAUUCCCAGCUUUAUCUUGGUGUGAGCAUGUAAGUAUAAAGUAAUCCAAGUGAUUAGAUGGGUCCAGUUGCUCAUCUGCUACAUUGAAGGAAAAGGUCCUGGGUGCCCCAGUAGCUGAUUGUGUUGUAUCAUCUUCAGCUGGAUACUAUAGUCACUUGUGUGACAGUUAAAACUAUAGAAGAAAAUGGAUUUCCAGGGGUUCCAUGGCUAUAAUUUAUGUUCUGAUAAGAAUGCAGAAUAACACCUUGCUUACCUGAAUGUUGUUUUUGCCAAGUACUUGGCACCUCAGAGAAUCAGGCCUGAAGUAGCUGUGGGAUUCAGGAGUUCCUGCAUACUUCUACAUGUUUGGGUUUCUUUCCUUUUCUCAAAAAACCUGGUCUUGCUGAUUCAAGCAUUGUCCAUAUUGGUUAUUGCUUUGUUUUAUAGCAAGUUACCUACAGGUUAUUGGGUUCAGAUAGGUAAAGAAGAGUGACAGGCUGCUAAAAUCAUGCAUUCUUAUUAGUGCUUUUUUAAAAAGGAACCAAAUCUCUGCUUUUUAUUCGUAGAUAAAAAAUGUCAAAAUUAAAAGCAAAAUAAGAGGCAAACAGGAAAAACCUCAUAGUUGUAUGGCUCCAUGGUACUGAAGCUGUGUAUCCAGGUGCUUUGUACCCACUGUCGUAUGAAUGUAAUCAAUUUGCUCUCUGUAACGUUAACGGUUUGCUUCCAUGGUAACUUUUUCUCUAAAAAGGCUUAGAAGGAGCACUGACAGUCUGAUUGCAAUAGGACUGUAAACAAUAGAGAACAUUCUUUUCUAAUAUGAUUUUAAAUAUGAGGAAGAAAGCUAGCUGCCUGAUGAAGCUAAUUUGUGUGUAUGUAUCUAAUGUCACCCUUUGUCUCUGUUAAGAUAAUAUCUAUUUUUCUUUAUCUGGGAAACUGAUUAAAAGAUGGUUAUAGUAUGCUCGGUAUGGGGUGCUUACUAAGAAAAGCAAGAAAAGUCUUUGUAAGACUUUCCUGGGCUUAACUUUUAGUUCUCAUAUUGUGGUUUGAAACCUGUGAAGAUCAUUCUUCUGGGGAAAAACCAAACUGACCUGCUUGAAUUUACCAUUUACGUCGGAGUGCAUAUACAAUAUAGAAACAUAUAAAAAUGGCCAGUAUUUACUGUUCAUCUACGCUGAAAUGGCCUGAAGCCAUUUCUUUUCUUCUAACACUCUUUUCAGCUUUGAAAUCAAUUGGUGCAUUGGUCUAUAAAUAUUAAUAAACCUGACUGUUUUGGGGGCUCUUGAAGUUCAUUCUUA